AUGACGAUCACUAAUGUUAUAUCAGGCACGAUAGAAGUUACAAAAGGGGUGAAUGAAAUAAAAUCUUCAAAGUUAGCUUUUGCAAAAGAAGCACUUACAGCAGCGUCUAAAGCAGGGGACGCUAUUACACCAUUUAUACCCUUAAUUGGAGCAGCGGCUACAAUUAUUACAGAAAUAAUUGAUGUAUAUCAGACCGCACAGUAUAAUAAAAAAAUUUGUAAUUCAAUAUUAGAUAGAGCAAGGUUGGCGGAAAUUGCGAUUGAUAACAUAGUUCGUAGGAGGAAAGAAAAUGAACUACAUUUUAAAAAUCAAAAGUGGUAUUACGCAUUUAAUAGAUUUGUUGAAGUUUUAAAUAAACUUAAGCAAUUUGCCGAGGAAAUUUCGCAAUUAAAAAGGAUUAUAAAUUUUAUAAAAGCUAGAAAUAUUUCAGAGAGAUUUUGUGAACUCACAAAAGAAUAUGAUGAUAUAAUGAAAGACUUAAAUUUUACUAUGGCUAUUUCUAACGAACAACAACGACGGAUUGAUCAAAAAAGUUUAAAAGAUGAUUUGGGCGAGACCUCUAAGUUUCUCAAAAAAAUUGAUAUUGGUAUUGAAGAAAAUCAAGUCCAUCUAGCCCUCAUCUAUGAAGAAAUUGGAAAUUUGGUUACCCAAGUAAAACGUAUAGAUCGCAGGUCAUCCGAUGACGACAGUAUUCAAGUAAAAAAAAUAGAAUCCAGUCAAUUAAGAGAACCAGCUAUAGGAAAAUUACUCGAUACACGCGGCUCUAACUCUCGUUUAAUAAAAAGAAAAAUAUAUAUGGAUGCUAUUGAAAUAGCUCUUAAACCUAUUAAAAUUCCUAAAGAAAAUCCGGAAAAACGUAGAGUUGAACGUCAGCUUGCUAUCCAAAUUAAAGCUUCUCAAUCACCAAAUGUUAUUCGAUUUUAUGGGCUUACAGAGGUUGGUAGUGAGACAUUUAUGAUUUUAGAAUGGGCCCAACUUGGAAGCUUAAAAGAAAUGUAUGAAGAAAAUCAAAAACAAAUUCCCUUGGAAUUGAAGUUAACUUAUGCACUUCAAAUUUGUCGAGGUAUCGCUUAUUUGAACGCAUCAGAUGUUUUCCACCAUGAUGUGAGGUGCAAAAACAUAGUGGUAACCGAAAACAACGUAGCAAAGCUAACAAAUUUCAAGAUUUCACGUAACGUGAAUGAUACUACGUCAACGAUUGGUUCUUCUCUUGAAGGCACUCGCUGGCUUGCCCCUGAAAAAUUAAGGGAUCAAUAUCAACCUUAUAAUCACAAAUGUGAAAUUUUCAGUUUUGGAAUGCUUUUAUGGGAAUUAGCUUUUGAACAAAUACCAUAUAAAGAUAUGGAAAUCCAUACAGCUUCAGAUUUUGUGAUUAGUGGUGGUAGACCAAAAAUCGAUUUUGGUCUUGCAUCUGAAAUUACCCCAAUACACAAAGGUUAUGAAAAGAUCAUUAGAGAAGCCUGGUAUAAUGAUCCUGAUCUUCGUAUCAGUAUUUCGAAAUUAUUGAUUGAUUUAGAUAGUUUGGUUAUAACCCAUACGAAGCCUGGCCGUUCUCCGAGAAUUCCACCUCAAAAUGAAGCAGAGAUCAAUCUAUCUUUUGAAUUUGAAAGUUCAAGUUAUAAUGACGAUUAUGGAUUUCCAGAAAGUGAAUUUAAUAUUGAUGAAUUGGAAAUCGAACCAUUAAUUCCAAUUAAUGAAGGUAUAAAAGCUCAUAAAGAUAAAGAUUUUGAAAAAGCAUGGAAAUGUUUCGACAAACAAGCAGAAAAUCAAAACAGUAAAGGGAAACAUUGGAAAGCUCACUACUUGUGGGAGGGAAUUUUCGUUCCUAAAGAUAAAAUAAGUGCUAUUAAAUUAUUUAAAGAAGCUGCCGAUGAUGGUAUCCCCGAUGCCCAACUUCGUUUUGCAUUUUGUUUACCUGAUAAAGAUAUAAGAGUGUUAAACCUUAAUCCAAAAGAUUCUAUUAAAUAUUUGAAAUUAGCCGCUGAUAGUGGUAAUGAUGUUGCACAAUUUCAUUUAGGUGAGGCUUAUCUGAAAGGAAAGUUAGGCUUUAAUAAAGAUUUAAAAAUCGCGAUAAAUUUUUUUAAAAUAUCUGCGUUACGUCAUAAUCCUAACGCUAAGAAAAAAUUACAAGAACUGAAAGAACAAAAUAUAGAUAUAGAAGACUAA